AUGCCGUUCGGCUUCCAAGCCGUAGGCAAGUCACCCGACUUAGCCAUUCCAUUCAGUCGUCGCGGCAAGCAGUCGUCCAGUCGCGACACGGGCGUGGCGCGACUCAUACUGCCGGCCGCGUGUCUCGCGCUCGUCGUCACGGCGUUCAUCUGGGCCUCACCGCACAAUCGACGCGCCCUGCGCACCCAUACAGGACAAGGAAGCGGCGCGGCUGACGCGUCAGUAGUGGGGGUGGGCGUGGGCGAGCCCAUCGAGAUUCGCUACGAGAAUCGCGAAAUCAUGGAGUUGCCGGCCGCCGGUACGGACGCGGCGGUGGCCGCCUUUCAGUCGGAGCUGGAGGAGUCGGCGGCAAUGGCGGCGGGGGAAGAGCAAGGGGCGGCGAGCGGGAACGGGGAGAGUGAGGGCGGCGGAAACAGUUUUCUGGAGGCAGUGGAGGCGAUGAAGGGGGAAGGGGAGGGGGCAGAGGGCGGGGCGGGGCGGAGUGAGGGGGAAAGGGGCGGAGAACAAGGGGCAGAGGGGGUGAAGGCGGUGUUGGCGGAAGCGGUGGGGGAAGCGGAAAGCGGAGCCAGCAGCAGCGGUGCUGCGGGGGCUGGCGAGUCGAGCGCGACUGAGCAGCGUGAUGGGUCGGCGGGUGGAUCGGCGGGCGGGGUGGAUGUCACGCUCCCGCCCGGCGCCAGCUCUUCCGCCACCCCUUCCGCCCCAUCCUCGCCCUCCUCCCCCUCGUUCUCCCCCGCGCGCGCGGAUCUGGUGGAGCGCUUGCGCAACCUGACGGCGGUGCUGGAGGGCAUCCGCCCGCUGGCGGAGGAGCGGGGGAACGCGCAGCUGGUGAAACACAUUCGCGCGGCAGUGGAGAAGAGCAAUGCGGUGACGGCGCGGUGGGAGAGCGGCGCGUGGGGCGGCGACGACAAGGUGACGGGGCUGGUGAAGCUGCUGGAGGCGGUGGCGGCGCGCGCCAAGGAGUGGCGCGGCAACUCCGCGACGAUCGAGAAGCUGCGCGGCGAGGUGGAGCGCGGCAAGGCCAAGGUGGCGGCGCUCACGGCGGAGCGCAACCAGCUCGACCUGGCUGCCGCCAAGGCGCUGCCCAAGUCGCUGCACUGCUUCAACCUCCGCCUCACCGUCGUAAGCCCACUGCUUGCGCGCACCGGCUUGCGCUCAUGGCUUUAG